CGUUGGAACAGCUGUGAAGCAUCGUCGUGCGAGAAUAUUUACAAAUAAAAAUAUUUCUUCGAAUCUGGAAACAUCUAUCUUAGUUUUUAUAUUCCUAACUAACGUCGUUAGUUAAUUGCUAGUGAUAUUGUUAGUAACGGUAUAGGAAAUCAGUUUGAAUGAGUCAUUAAUUAAAUAGUGUAGUUUUGCGCUCUUAUUUAACUCAAGGCUGCGGUAAUAAAGAAACGUUUUAGUGAAUAUAAUGUGUGGUUCGACAUAAUGGUGGAAGAUAGUGAUCGCGGUUACGGAAGGACCGCUAACAAGAGCACAUUGCUGAAGAUUGUGAUACUCGGAGAAGGUGGAGUGGGGAAGUCAUGUUUGAUGAGCAGGUUUAUAUCGAACCACUUCGAUGACCACAGCUUCCACACCAUCGGAGUCGAGUUCAUGAAUAAAACAAUAGAAGUCAAUGGAAAACCAUACACAUUACAGGUCUGGGACACAGCAGGACAGGAACGCUUCAAGUCUCUGCGGACGCCUUUCUACAGAGGCUCCGAUAUAUGCAUCUUAGCGUACGCCAUAGACGACCGCAGCUCCUUCAAUAAUAUUAAGAUGUGGCUGAAUGAGUUUCUACAUUACGCUGGAGUGAAGAACGGCAUUGAUAGAUACCCAUUUAUGGUUGUCGGCAAUAAGUCAGACGUAUCCUCAAAAGAUAGAGAGGUGACAUUCGACCAGCUGAAGCAGUGGUGUGAGGAGAACAAGAUUGCAACUUACAUUGAAACGUCUGCGAAGAAUGAUAAUAAUGUUGUUGAAGCGUUUUCCAUGGCUGUACAGAGAUGGGUGGACCUAGAGCAAAGAGCAGAAAAAGAGUUGGGCAUGCUUCAUCACCCUGACACGGUUACCCUCCACGGCUCCAGUACAGCGUCAAACAUAAGAGCCACCUGCUGCUCCAGAUUUAGCGAGGCAUGAGCUAUUGGUGCUACACACAGGUUCAUUAACCUUACAUGUCACCGAGGUAUGUUGAAAAUGGACAUUGGUAGAUAUUUAUUAACUUAAAGUAGGUACUUUUUAUUACCUAUUUUAUAUAGUUUUUGUUAUGCAUUUAAUUUUUUAUUCAGUCUUAAUUUGUACUUUUUAAUCUAUGGCAGUUUUGACGUCUGUCAUUGUACGUUUAUGUCAGACCACAGAUAAAGAUACAUGUGAAGUUUAUAGAUUGUUUUAUUGUUUUUUUAUAUCGGCUUGAAAAAUAGAAUCUCAACUGACUUAAUGCAUUGUCUAGUCCAUUAUUAACAUACAUCAGUUUUUAAAAUUACGUAGAAUAGUAGGUAUACUAUUCUACGUAAUUUUUACUCUGUCAUAGUGAUGUGAUAAAAUUUCUAAAUCGAAUGAAUUUCAUGAACAUUAUUGUGGGGUCUUAAAAGAAAAAUGAUUGAAACAAUCGCACCAAUGUUUAAUCGUAGUAUAGUUUGCACAGAAAGUUAAUUUUAGGCACAUGUUAUAAUACUUAAUAAGUUUGACGCUAAACUUUAGGGAUAUCUGUAUGCUACCUAAGUCUGGAUUUGCGAGACAAUUUCACUUAAAAUUAUUUACUUACGAAUAAUGUAGCUGUAAUAACAUAAUUAGAUGCGUCUUUCAAAUUAAAUAUACUAUAAAUGAUCAGUAUACGUAAUAACGUAGUAUUUGUAAUUUGGUUGUGGGGAUUUUCGAAGGAAUCAUACAUCACAGAAAUUACUAAUAUUGGUUUCACAUUCCAAUGUUAUUAAGUUACAAGAUAUUUACUUAUAUGGAUAACAGACGCUGUGAGAUACUAAGUCCGUAAUAUAUUCUCAAGCUCUGGCUAUCAUUUUGUCUCUUUCUAAUUUAUGGUGAAAAUUAUUGCGGAACAGAGGCUUAGUCAAAGCUAAACAAGGUUUUUAUACUCUAUACAUUAUUAAUUGAAUUUUACGUUCUACUUCUAUAUUUUUUUUUUGCUAACCAUAAAUUCGUUCUUAAAAAAAAGAUUAUAAACUGACCAAAGAUGAGCUAAAUUUGAUUUUGCAGUAAUUUAAAUAUAUUUUGAAGUUUGGUGUAUUAGAUGUAAUAAAACUCGGCCUAAACUUUUGUACAUAGUGUUAUUUAGGUAUAUCCUAAUGAUAUUUCUGAUAUUGAUCUUGAAAUACACGUUUUAAAAUUACUUUUAAGUCUAUAAUCGAACAUCAAAUAUCUACAUGGUCACCCACAUAGUUUAUCGAUAUAUUUUUUAUCACUUACCCAUCCUUCCAAGCAAUUGUUUUCACUUAUAGCCUAGUGCUAGAUAUUAAAACAAUAUUUAUUUGUAUAAAACUUUUUGUUCGUGACUAUAAUGACCAUAUUAUAGAGGCAGCUCCCAAAUUAAUUGUUAUAGUUGUUGGUAAUGACUUUACAUGAAAUAAACCUACAAAAUUGUAGUCAAAGGUCACGUGGGCGUUGACCCUGCGAUCAGCUGGUUGUAGUAACUUUGUAAAGUACCUAAUGUAGAUAUUUGAAACAUUUUUAAAGUUACGCCAUUAAGUACCAUUGGUGUAGUUUAAAAUACACUUAACCUUUUUAUCAAAAGGCUUGUAUACGCAGAGGUGCACAUUACGGCAAAUAAAUACCACUGUACAAUGUAACACUUACUUUUCACUAUUUAUGUUAUGAGUACCAUGUAAUAGGGGAUGGGCCUAUAGCCAUAUACCCCGGUAUAUAUAGUGGAUUUAGCACUAUCCUGGAUAUUGCUGAAUCCACUUUAUUGUGAUUAAAUUAACCCUUUGACUUUGGUAGAUUAGUGUUGAAGGCAAAUUUUACGCCGACUAAGCAGAUAUGCCGUGCAUUAGACACUUGUAGGGUUAACAAACGAAAUAUUUGCCUACCUUUGCGUUAAAAAUCCGAGUAGUUGCCGUCCCAUUUAGUGUUGUGUGAUAUACCUAUGUAUAUAUAAUGUUUAUUUUUAUAUAGACUAUGCUGUUUUUCAAUCAAUAUCUUUAAAGAUCUUCGAUCGAAGUGAAUCUAUUAUGAAGUCAUUCAGGCAUAUUAAUUUUGUAAAGAUUGAACUUAAAAACUUAACAGUUCUUAAGAUUAUUGACUGCUAAUGUAAAUUAAAUAAUAUCACUGUUUAAACUAGACUUUAAAACAUUAUCUAGUAAUUCUUGUAAAUAGAUGAACAUGCACUACCUAAUACAUAAAAAAUCUAUAGACUGCACUCAAUUCCCGAGUUAAAAAUUCGCUUAUUGGAUGAAAGUUUUAAACCAUAAAUGAGUAAUUAUGUUUUCGGCUUACUCGUGUAACUAUUUGACGAGGAGCUGGACUGGUUUCAAACCAUGCUAGAGGC